GAGAUAUUAGGAGUUUUCACCGUGCGCGAUAAUAUGAGUGAUAUUUGAAUACAAAUUCAACAUAUAAAGUCACAUCGUGCUGUGUAUAAUCAAUCAAAGAUGAGUGAAAGUGAAAGGCUGAAGGACCCCGCAGCCCUGAAGGAGGAGGGGAACACCCUCUUCAAGGCGGGAGACAUGCAGGGAGCUCUCUGCUGCUACACCGAGGCGCUGAAGCUGACUGACAGCCAGGCAGACAGCGCUUUAUUAUACCGCAACAGAUCUGCCUGCUACCUUAAACUGGAGGAGUUCAGCAAAGCAGAGGCUGAUGCCUCCAAAGCUCUUGACACAGACCCCGGCGAUGUGAAAGCCAGGUUUCGGCGAGCUCAGGCGUACCAGAAGCUCGGUCGGCUCGACCAAGCUUUCCUGGAUACUCAGAGGUGUGCCCAGCUGGAGCCCAAAAACCGAGCUUUCCAGGAUCUGCUCAGACAGCUGGGAGCACAGAUCCAGCAGAAGUCAGCACAGCUAAACUCCACAGAUGCUCGCGUGCAGCAGAUGUUCUCCGUCCUCUUAGAUUCCUCUGCUAAAGACUCCGAUCGACAGAAGGCAGCUCAAAAUUUAGUGGUAUUGUCCCGAGAUGAGGGAGGAGCCGAGCAGAUCUUCCGCAAUGAUGGAGUGAAGCUGAUCCAGAAACUUCUGUCAUCAAAGCAGGAAGUUGUCGUCCUUUCUGGUCUCAGGACCUUAGUAGGAUUGUGCACAGGACACCAAUCAAGAACCAUGGCUAUCGUGAAUGAGUUGGGAAUGGAACAGCUGUGUGCAGUAAUGGGGUCAGCAGCCUCCACUGUGUCUCUGGCUGCAUGCCACCUGCUGCAGGUGAUGUUUGAGGCCCUGACAGAGGGCAUGAAAAGAGAGAUUAGAGGCAAAGAUGAAGCCAUACUUCCUGAACCAUCGAAGGAGCUGCGUUCGAUGCUACGCCACCUUUUGGAAAUGAUUCCAGCUCAAAAUGUGUCCGGGCCAGGCAGAGACAGCGCCAUCAACCUCCUGGUCAAGCAAGUACCCCGCAAGUCACUGAAGAACCCUGACAACUCCCUCUCGUUAUGGGUGAUAGACCAAGGGCUGAAGAAAAUCCUGCAGGUGGCUGGGACUGUUGCUGAGCUGUCGGAGGGGCCGCCUCUUACAGAAAACACUCACAUGAGCUGCUCUGUGUUGCUCAGCAAACUCUAUGAUGACCUCAAGAGCGACAAAGAGAGAGAAAACUUCAAUAAACUUUGCGAAGAAUACGUUCAGGGACACUUCAGACGGUCUGGCCUCGAGGGCAAACUGCGUGCCAUUCAGACAGUUUCUGUGCUCCUCCAAGGACCGAGUGAUGUGGGCAACAUCACUCUGGAAAUGUCUGGAAUGAUGGACGCCGUUAUCUCUCUCUGUGCUUCAGAAGAUGUGACUCACCAACAGGUUGCCGUGGAGGCGCUCAUCCAUGCUGCAGGCAAGGCCAAGAGAGCCUCGUUCAUCACCGCUAACGGCGUGGCGCUCUUGAAGGACCUCUACAAGAAAAGUGAGAAUGACAGGAUACGUGUGAGAGCUCUUGUGGGCUUGUGUAAGCUUGGAUCAGCAGGAGGCACAGAUUUCAGCAUGAAGCAAUUUGCAGAGGGAUCCACGCUCAAGCUCGCCAAACAGUGCAGGAAGUGGUUGUGUAAUGAGUCUCUUCCCCCAACGUCUCGACGUUGGUCUGUGGAAGGUCUUGCCUACCUCACUUUUGACGCUGAUGUAAAGGAAGACCUAGUAGAAGACAAAAAUGCUCUCUUAGCCAUGUUUGAUCUGGCAAAGUCGGAAGAUAAGACGGUACUCUUUGCUGUGGGCUCUACAUUAGUAAAUUGCACCAACAGCUAUGAUGUGGAGAAACCAGACCCUCAGCUGGUGGAGCUGGCCAAAUAUGCAAAGCAGCAUGUGCCUGAGGAGCAUCCCAAGGAUGCAUCAUCUUUUGUGGAAAAAAGGCUAGGCAAACUUCUGGAAGCUGGUGUUGUGUCAGCAUUGGUGUGUAUGGUCAAACAGGAGAGUCCUGCCCUCACAGAAGCUUGCAGGGAAUUUAUUGCCAGGGUUUUCCUGGCUUUAGUUGAUCGACAGGAGGACAGAGGUACAGUGGUGGCACAGGGUGGAGGAAAGGCUUUGAUCCCCCUUGCAACUGACAACACAGAUGUAGGAAAGGUCAAAGCUGCACAAGCCCUGGCAAAAAUUGCCAUCACAUCUAACCCAGAGAUUGCCUUUCCAGGAGAGCGGAUCUAUGAGGUGGUGCGACCGCUCGUGAAUCUUUUACAGCUGGAGUGCACAUUGCUGCAAAACUUUGAAUCUCUGAUGGCCCUCACCAACCUGGCCGGCAUCAGCGAAAGACUCAGGCAAAAGAUCAUCAAGGAAAAAGCCUUGCCAAAGAUUGAAGGCUACAUGUUUGAAGAGAAUGAGCUAGUCCGAGCUGCUGCCACUGAGUGCAUGUGUAACUUAGUUUUGAGUACAGAGGUGCAGAAGCUCUUCUUAGCCACAGGGAACGAUCGCCUGAAGCUUCUCGUGCUUUACUGCGGAGAAGAGGAUGAAAGGCUCCGGAAAGCUGCUGCAGGCACUCUGGCCAUGCUGACUGCCGAACAGCCAGAGCUCUGCCCUCGAAUCCCUGGAACUACAACCCAUUGGCUGGAGAUUUUCCAGGCUCUGCUGCUCAGUGAAAUAUCUGACCUGCGUCACCGCGGCGUGGUCAUAGUUCAGAAUAUCAUGCAGGCUGAGAAAGGUCUGGCUGAGGCUCUUAUGGAGAGUGAAGCUUUGGAGAUACUCACUGUCCUUGCAAAGGGAGGAGAAGGCACAAUAGAUCCCGUUUCCAAGGUCGCUCAGAACUGUCUAAAUAAAGCAGUGGAAUAUGGCAUCAUUCGGAGCAGAGAAGACAGGAUAGAAGAGGAAAAAGGAACUGAGCCUUGAAAAAAACACUCUUACAGAGUGUGAAUGUGCCUUUUGGAAUUGAAAAGUGAAGAAAUCUGAAUUUUUGCCUGCAGUGAGUUAUUAAAAGGACAUCUCAUCUGAGCAAAAAAUGGUAAAAAGCAAUAGGAGAUUUAUUCAAGAAGGUUCUACAAUUUCAACAUAUAAACACAUGUGGACACAGAUAUCCUUUAAGAGAUGCUUUAAUGCACUCAGAGUUUCUUGAUCUUUUCAUUUUCAGGAUGUGCAUUAUACCGCAAAUACGCAACCGUUGAGGACUCACUGUUUACAGACUAACACACAAUAAAACUAUUUUAUUUUAGCUCAUACUUCCUUUGCCUAUACAGUUUGAGCAUGGCUCACAGGUAAUCCGUUUAAGCUAAAUCCUGGCAGGUAAUUAUUGUGAUCUGAUUAAAUACUGCACUGGCAAUGCAGAGAUGACUAAUAUAAUAGCUAGCCAGCUGAAAAACACUCCAUUCUCACGUAAUUGUCCAAAGCAUUUUGGUGUGACUGCAAUCGUUUUCAUUGACCUAUAUUUCUUUUAACAGGCUGAUGCUGAAACACAUAAAAAAGUUACUGUGGAUACCGAUGCUGGUUGUCAAAAGGGGUCUACAGUUCGUGACCUAUGUGGUUGUUGGUUAUUGAUCUACUCUGUUUUAUCAAUAAAAAUCAUGCUUUGUUUUCCUAAAUCCUGCAUAGAAAUGUACUAUUUUUGCACCAGUUGAAAUUGUCACUUUUGGUUUCAAUGUUUGCCGAAUCACUACAUUCCUGGCGUGUUUUGCAUUGUAUCGUUUUUACGGGAGAAGUUGUAGAUCAUGACAAUAAACUCUCUACAUGUGGUUGAUUA